GAGUACGAAGAUCUUGAUGAGAUUGUGGCCCGCUUUAUCCAGCCCAUGGCGGCCACGGCCAGAGAGAUCAUGGCCUUCAAAUACUACCGGGACUCGGACGGCGGCAAACGGGAGAUUCUGGACAAGUGUCUUCAGGAGGAGAAGAAAAAGGCUGGCUUCAA